AUGGCCGAUACUACUGGAAGGAUUCCUCUUUGGAUAAUAGGUACUGUAACUGGUAUUCUUGUGAUCGGUUUAGUAGGCAUUUUCUUUUAUGGUUCAUAUUCCGGAUUAGGUUCAUCCCUGUAG